AUGACACGAGUGCUGGUAUUGGGAGGUCACUGUCUGACACCAAAUGAUUCUGCAAAAGUCGCCUAGAUGGGAUGGCUUCUUCCCAUAGUACCUGCUUUAAUGUAAAGGCACUGACGAUUAUUUUCCUUUCAGUUUCAGAGCCCACCAUGAAGAGACUCCUCGUUCUUUGCGACUGCCUCUGGGCCUGGAGCCUGCUGCUGAAUGCACUGACUGAAAGAAGCUAUGGACAAACCUCAUCGCAAGAUGAACUUAAAGACAACACCACAGUGUUUACCAGGAUAUUGGAUCGCCUGCUGGACGGUUAUGAUAAUCGCCUGAGACCAGGACUGGGAGAGCGUGUAACUGAAGUGAAGACUGACAUCUUCGUCACCAGCUUUGGGCCUGUUUCAGACCAUGAUAUGGAAUACACUAUAGAUGUAUUUUUCCGCCAAAGCUGGAAAGAUGAGAGAUUAAAAUUCAAAGGACCUAUGACUGUUCUCCGGUUAAACAAUUUAAUGGCCAGCAAAAUUUGGACACCCGAUACCUUUUUCCACAAUGGAAAGAAGUCAGUGGCUCAUAAUAUGACGAUGCCAAAUAAAUUAUUACGAAUUACAGAGGAUGGGACACUGCUGUACACAAUGAGAUUGACUGUGAGAGCAGAAUGUCCAAUGCAUUUAGAAGACUUUCCUAUGGAUGUGCAUGCUUGCCCCUUGAAAUUUGGAAGCUAUGCUUAUACCAGGGCAGAGGUUGUGUAUGAAUGGACACGGGAACCAGCAAGGUCAGUGGUGGUGGCUGAAGAUGGCUCCCGACUGAACCAAUAUGAUCUGCUUGGACAAACUGUGGACUCUGGAAUCGUUCAGUCCAGCACAGGGGAAUAUGUUGUUAUGACUACACAUUUUCACUUGAAGAGAAAGAUUGGUUACUUCGUCAUUCAAACCUAUCUGCCAUGCAUCAUGACAGUGAUACUGUCACAGGUGUCCUUCUGGCUCAACAGAGAAUCUGUUCCAGCAAGAACUGUAUUUGGAGUGACAACUGUCCUAACAAUGACCACGCUGAGUAUCAGUGCGAGGAAUUCACUCCCUAAGGUGGCUUAUGCCACUGCCAUGGAUUGGUUUAUAGCCGUGUGCUAUGCCUUUGUGUUUUCUGCACUCAUCGAAUUUGCAACAGUGAAUUACUUCACAAAGAGAGGUUACGCAUGGGAUGGCAAAAGUGUUGUUCCUGAAAAGCCAAAGAAGGUGAAGGAUCCUCUCAUUAAGAAAAAUAACACGUACACAGCUGCAGCUACAAGCUACACCCCUAAUAUUGCAAGGGACCCUGGGCUGGCAACCAUUGCUAAAAGUGCAACGAUAGAGCCCAAAGAAGUUAAGCCAGAAACAAAGCCUGCAGAACCCAAGAAAACUUUUAACAGCGUCAGCAAAAUCGAUCGACUAUCAAGAAUAGCUUUCCCAUUGCUGUUUGGAAUCUUUAAUUUAGUCUAUUGGGCUACCUAUUUAAACCGGGAGCCUCAGUUAAAAGCCCCAACUCCACAUCAAUAACCUCAUUUACUCAUCUAGCUCUGUUUUGUCUUUUGCUCUGGGAAUUGCUUCCAGUUUUCACAUACAGUAAUUCCCAUUUGGAAUAUCAUCAAGGUUUCUUCAUUUAACCAGAAGUAAAAUAUAUCUGUAUAUUUAAGAACCCUAUAUACAAGGGAGAGAACAAUAUAAGCUAUAUAACUUUGGAAAACUGAUUCUUAAAAAGGGAAAGUUCUAGUAAUGGGAAAACAAAAAAAAAAAGGCAAGCAUUUGUAGAUAGCUUAAUACUGAAUGUCCCCAAGAUAUAUUGUAUAUGUACGUGAAAAAGAUAUUUUUAUUCAAUGGAUUGUGAGGAGCAGGAAAAUAUUCUUAAUGAUGUCCAUGUUGCACAUACUAUACUGCACCACUUUUUCAACCACUGUUUAUAAUCUUUUCAAGGAUUUAAAGCUUUCCGUUUGCUGAAUAUGAUAAGAUAGGUUAUUUUCCUAUUCCUUUUUCCCUUCUAUAUUCCAAAUGACCUAACUUAAAAUAUUAAAUGAUUGUUAAAGAAAAACAAACAACUCACUGUAGAUACAGUUCAUCACUGUAUAGCACAUAAGAUCUAAUGGUAAAAAAUGCUUUAAUCUGCUCUCUUACUGCAGUCUUGUUCUAAGCAUUAAGUUGUUACUAGACUAGAUUUCAAACCAGUUGCACAAUCAAGUGCAGAUCCCAAGUCCCUAUAUCUCCUGUGUAAUCCAAACAAAUCCCAGAUGCUUUUACAGAUAGCUUUUACUCAUCA